AUGGACAUUCUGAUUCUGGAGCCUUCUUUGUAUACUGUGAAAGCUGUUCUGAUCCUGGAUAAUGAUGGUGAAAAGCUGUUUGCAAAGUACUGUGAUGACAAGUAUCCAACUGUAAAAGAGCAGAAAGCAUUUAAGAAAAAUAUCUUCAACAAAACCCACAGGACAGACAGUGAAACUGUACUUUUGGAAGGUCUAACAGUGGUGUACAGCAGCAAUAUUGAUUUGUAUUUUUACAUUAUUGGUAGCUCACAUGAGAAUGAGCUGAUGUUUAUGGCAGUGUUGAACUACUUAUUUGAUUCCCUCAGCAAAAUGCUCCGGAAAACUGUUGAAAAGAGAGCCCUAAUGGACAACAUGGAAGGCUUAUUUUUAGCAGAUGAUGAAAUAGUGGAUGGAGGUGUUAUUUUGGAAAUUGAUCCUCAGCAUGUGGUGCAUAGAGAAGCACUCUGGGGUGAUGAUGUUCCUCUUACAGAACCGAUUAUGUCUCGGGUGCUACAGUCACAAAAGGAGCAGAUCAAGUGGUCUCUUCUUCAAUAA